UCUGCUUCCUUUCGCCGUUUUCUUUCUCCCAGAUCACAGUCUUUUUGCAUCUUAAUCUUCCUCUCGUAACCCUUCCAACCUAAAUAAUGCUCAAGUUUCUCAAGGGAGUGGUAGCUGGAUCUGGGGCGGGGCUCAAAGAUUUUCCAUACAAUAUCGGCGAACCUUAUUCCUCGUCCUGGGGCUCAUGGACUCACUACGGCGGAACUUCCAAGGAUGAUGUUUCUCCUGUGUCAAUAUUUUCUUUGUCUGGGAAUAGCAGUCAGGAUGGACACUUACUUGCUGGUCGCAAUGGUGUUAAGCGAUUGCGCACCGUUAGACAUCCAAAUAUACUAUCCUUUGUCCAUAGUACUGAGGUUGAAGUUGUUGAUGGAUCUAUGACGAAACACACAAUUUACAUUGUAACUGAGCCCGUUAUGCCGCUAUCUGAAAAGAUUAAAGAGUUGAAUUUGGAAGGUACACAGAGGGAUGAGUAUUAUGCUUGGGGACUGCAUCAGAUUGCGAAAGCUGUGAGCUUUUUGAAUAAUGACUGCAAACUUGUGCAUGGAAAUGUGUGUUUGACGAGCAUCGUGGUGACUCAGACAUUGGACUGGAAGCUGCAUGCAUUUGAUGUCCUAUCUGAAUUUGAUGGUAGUAUUGAAGCACCGAAUGAAUCAAUGCUGCAAUAUGAAUGGCUGAUUGGGUCUCAAUACAAACCCAUGGAGCUGGCAAAAUCAGAUUGGGUUUCAAUAAGAAAAUCCCCCCCCUGGGCAAUUGAUUCAUGGGGCUUAGGCUGCCUGAUAUAUGAACUCUUCUCUGGUAUGAAGUUGUCCAAGACUGAGGAACUACGUAAUAUUGCUUCUAUUCCUAAGUCCCUUCUACCAGAUUAUCAGAGAUUAUUGAGUUCCUCACCAUCCAGAAGACUAAAUCCCUCCAAGCUUAUCGAUAACAGCGAGUAUUUUCAAAAUAAACUGGUGGAAACCAUACAGUUCAUGGAAAUUCUAAACUUAAAGGACAGCGUAGAAAAAGACUCCUUUUUUAGAAAACUUCCUAAUUUAGUGGAACAACUCCCACGCCAGAUUGUACUUAAAAAGCUGCUUCCAUUGUUAGCUUCUGCUUUAGAAUUUGGUUCCGCUGCUGCUCCCGCCUUGACAACCUUAUUGAAGAUGGGCUCAUGGCUUUCUGUAGAUGAGUUCAGUGUCAAGGUGUUGCCGAGUAUUGUUAAACUAUUUGCCUCCCCUGACCGAGCUGUCCGAGUUGGUCUUCUUCAGCACAUAGAUCAGUUUGGAGAAUCACUAACUGCUCAACUUGUUGAUGAACAAAUAUUUCCUCAUGUAGCCACCGGUUUUUCAGAUAGUUCUGCAUUUCUUCGUGAAUUGACUCUAAAGUCCAUGCUUGUAUUGGCACCUAAGUUGUCUCAACGUACAAUUUCAGGCUCCUUAUUGAAGUAUCUAUCAAAAUUGCAGGUGGAUGAAGAACCAGCAAUUAGAACCAAUACCACAAUUCUACUGGGGAACAUAGCCAGCUACUUAAAUGAGGGGAUGAGGAAGAGAGUAUUAAUAAAUGCAUUUACUGCACGUGCUUUGCGCGACAGUUUCUCUCCAGCUCGUGCAGCAGGAAUAAUGGCUUUAUGUGCCACGAGUACCUAUUAUGAUAUGACAGAGAUUGCAACUCGCAUACUACCGAUUAUUGUUGUACUUACCAUUGACCCUGAUCCUGAUGUGAGAUCAAAGGCUUUUCAGGCUGUCGAUCAAUUUCUGCAAAUAGCAAGGCAAAACCAUGAAAAGCUAAAUUCUGGAGAUGCUGGCGGAGCAGUAGAUUCUGGAGCACUGUCAAUGACUGGAAAUACUGGUUUGCUUGGGUGGGCUAUGAGCUCUUUGACUCUGAAAGGAAAAGUUUCUGAACCUGUUUCAACUGUCUCUGCCAAUGCCAAUUCUUCUUUAGUUUCAGCUUCUUCAACUGCUACUUCAGCGGAGGCCCUGGAUACGAGAACGGAGCAUUCUACUUCCAUCAGCAGCUCUCUUGAUCGACCAACCCCGUCUUUAACGUCAUCGGAUAGUUGGGGUGAGCUUCAAAAUGGGAUUUUUCAUGAUAAUAACGAUAGUGAGAAAGAAGGGUGGGAUGACAUGGAGCCAAUUGAGGAAUUGAAGCCUCCCACGCAUCUUGCAAGCAUUCAAGCUGCUCAGAAACGACCAUUGGCACAGCCAAAGCAGCAUGCUGAAAAUCCUUCCAAACUGAACAAUGCGAAGGCCUCCAUCUCUACAUUAACAAACUCAAAGGCAGAAGAUGAUGAUCUGUGGGGUUCAAUCUCCGUACCUGUGCCGAGUUCUACAUCAAAACCUCCUCUUAAGCCAACAGCUGAUGAGGAUCUUUGGGGUUCUAUUGCUGCUCCGCCUCCUAAAACAAAUUCCAGGCCUCUCAAGUCUACUGCAGCCAAUGAUGACGAUCCUUGGGCAGCCAUUGCCGCUCCUCCUCCGAUCACAAAAGCAAAGCCUUUGUCUGUGGGUAGAGGUCGAGGCACGAAACAAACGAAUGCUAAAUUGGGCGCACAACGAAUCGAUAGAACAUCGUCUUCAGGAAUGUAAGCAUCUAUAUGAGAACCUGCAAGCAAAAAAAGGUAUUGAUAUUUUUUCUUUUUUUUUUUUUCUUCCAGGCCACAUUUGUAAUAUUCUUUCUACAAGUUUAUAUAAACCUACAGCCCACCAUGCUGUUUUGAUCAUUUUUAAUUCCUGGCCAACUCAUAUGUUCUUUGAUAUUGUAAAUUCAUCACCUUAAUCAGAUCUGGUUAC